AUGGACCCGAUAAUACAAGCUGUUUUUGGUCCGCCACCGGAUGGACUCAAUCUCAGCGAAAGCCGAGGGCCUUCUGAUUCGGCGGCAGUAUCUGUUCUGCUGGUGUUGGCCAUCUGCGCCGUCGUGGCGCGCUUCGUUUGCCGCUUCUACUCUCGCAAUGCCUUCUUAUCCGACGACUGGGCCAUUCUGGUUACACUGGCAUUCGUCGCGGGGGCUGUCGGUCUGACCAUAGCAGGUUCCUCUAAAGGUGCAGGCAGUCACGUCUGGACUUUGACUAUCGACCAGAUCCAGGAGAUUUACCAAGUGCUCUACAUCUAUACGUUCAUCUACGGUGGCGCAUGCGGCUCUGUGAAGUUGAGCAUCCUCUUCUUCUACAUGCGCGUCUUUGGAACCCGAGACCUGGUCACAAACAGACCCUUCAAGGCCGCCAUAUACCUCGGCGUCUGUCUGUCCAUUCUCUACCCGGUGACGAUCUGGGUGACCAUGGGCAACGUCUGCAAGCCCGUCACGCACUUUUGGACGCAGUUCACGGGCACGGCGGGCGUCUGCAUCGACAUCAACACCUUCUUCCUCGCCCUGGCCAUCAUCAACAUGCUCAUCGACUUUUACGUCCUCCUGAUCCCGGUCCCGCAGAUCCUGGCCCUCAACAUGAGCACGCGCAAAAAGGGCGCCGUCUUGGGCCUCAUGCUGAUCGGCGGCUUCGUCUGCGUCGCCUCCAUCCUCCGCUGCGUCUACCUAUCGGAGCUCUCGCGCGCCGCCGACGUCACCUUCGCCAUGGGCCCCGUCUUCAUCUGGUCCGCCAUCGAGCCCUGCUUCGCCAUCGUCGGGGCGUGCCUGCCACACCUUGCGCCGCUGCGGAGGACCGUGAGGGAGAGGCUGGGCUACUCGGGGAACAAGUCGUCACAUCUCGGAGAUGGCGGGGGCGGCCCCGGGAGCAAGGCGAGCAGGAACACGCCGCUCAACAGGGCCGCCAAUAGCGGGCACCGCCGGCUUCACGAUGACGACAUUGGCCUCACCGACAUAAGCACCCUCGCCACAGCGGUCGCGACCUACAACGAGGGCGGCUCCGAGAGCGGCGACGAUGCUGCCGGUGGCGGCGGCGGCGGCGGCACCGGCAAGGCUGUGCCCAUGCCAUCUGGGAAGAACGUCAUCAGGGUGACGAGCUCGUUUUCGCAACAAAGUGACAUUUAUAAGGGGAAUGGAAGGACAUGA